AUGAGGAUGGCAUUCAUUCUCUUUGCGAACGGCAUCACGGUGUCUCCCGAAGGCGAUUUGCGGAAUGGAACGCAACGAAUGACUAAAAGGAUGGACGAAAGUGCAGAAAUUCUUGUAGAUGGCUCAUCGAACGGACGAAAUCAAAGCGAAAGACACCGAAGAUUGAUUCCGUACAUGACAUUUUACUUGCCAGCAGCAAACAACGACCUUAAGUUACCAAUUAAUCAGGCUUAUAACUUUAUGCCGGCUGCACCUCCCUCAGGACCCGUUGCCAUGUAUCCAAUUACUCAGCCGGCGCAAGUUCAACAACAACCCCAAGCAAUACAAAAAUUGCGAGGAUUAAUUGCGGUGCCGGUUUCGCCGCCGAUGUCCAUGCAUCAUGCAUUGCAAUUGCAACAGAAGCCGAUCGUUUAUUUGGCGACAGGGAAGUAUCCGAUGCCGACAAGAGCUCCGCAAGUGCCGAUUGUGCAACCAGCGCACGUCAUGGAGCAUCAGGCGCAGGGAUUGAGUAACAUUAAGUUCCCAUCGUAUUUGCAACAACAACAACCCCAAUCGGGAGUUAUUACUCAAAAUUAUUAUCAAGCACAAUCCCACAACAAACCUUUACCGCUACCACAGACAAUCAAACAGCAACAUCAUAAUCAUCAUCAUCAUCCGCAGCAGCAACAGCAACAAACGCAGCAACAGACACAAAAAGUUAAUUUCACUCCAUUUUUACCGUCAAAUAAACUGCCGGGACACUUUGUGCCAAUAACUCACAACAACGCGCCAUACAAAAAUGUCGAGCACAAUAAUUUGGUUUAUGGCAACAAUCAAUUUAGCAGCAGCGGAGCGAGUUACGCCGAAAAUACGGCAAAUUAUCACGAUCAGAAAAUUUCCGCGGGAAAACCUUCGAUUGCUGCGGCGGUUUUUGUAACUUCAACUCAUAGACCUCUUGUGAGUCCCGAUAGUUACCAAAAAUAUCACGGAGGCGUCUCAAAAGGCAUGUAUCAGACCCCAGCGAGCGUUUUUUAUACAACUCCUGCCCCAAAUAUCCUCGCUCAAGACAUCGCCGUGUACAAUAACGUCAAAUUCAAUGGAAAUAAAUUCACGAAAUACAUUCCAAAGGACGAAAAAAAUUAUUAUAAAUUCCCGUCGAGUCCUUCGAGCUUCAAAACAAACAAUUUUGUGACGCCAACGACACCUGCUCCGGUUCUCGUAACGACUUUAAGUGCUGUAAAUCACAAAUAUCGCCCACUUUUCACGUAUCCGCACAAGGAAGAUGAUCAACGUUCGCCUGCCAUGCCUUCCGCAGUGCUCGGAAAACAGCCAUAUUAUGCGUCGCCAUCUCCGCCAACGUCAACAGCUGCUCCCAUGUUCGUUCCAAAGUUCAUUCAGACCUCGAGUGUUCGUCCCGUGGUAUCAUCGACGCAUUUUCCGAGCACUUAUCACCCCACAAAGACGUAUUAUGUGCCGUCGCAGCAAAAUUUCGUCAAAUAUGUGACGCCAAUGCGCGAUUAUCGUUACAAUUUCUCGACUCCGAUGAUUUCUUCGACGACUCCGAGACCUCCUUACAAAACCGUAACCAUCACUCCGGGCACAAAUGACGAAAUUGACUCAAAUUCUCUCGCUACGUUGCUUCGAAAACUGCAAGAAACGAAUCAUUUACCCGAAACUCUCACUCCCGACAACAUUGACAACUCGAUUCGAACUCUCGUGAAAAUUUUGGACAAUUUAAAACGCAGCAAAGAUCGUUACAAGGUCACGCCAUCGCCUCCUGUCGUCACUCCCGUUGCCGAUUACGACUACAAAUAUUACGACGAAGAAGUUUUAGACGUGGAAAAGCCCGUUGGCGCUGCUCCGGGACCCAAUUCCGGCAAACCAGGCGUCGAUUAUCCAAAUUAUUCGGAAAUUCCGGAGACGAGCUUCUCGUGCAAGGAACAACGGUACAAGGGAUUUUUCGGAGAUCCGGAAACGAAUUGUCAGGUGUGGCAUUAUUGCGAUUUGAAUGGCGGGAAAGCUUCGUUUUUGUGUCCUAAUGGAACGAUUUUCUCACAAGUUGCUUUGACGUGCGAUUGGUGGUUUAAUGUAAAAUGUGCGAACACGGCGCAGCAAUAUGUGUUGAACGAGAGAUUAUAUAAAUAUAUUUUGCCAUUCACACCGAAGUUCCCGGAGGAUUAUUCGGGUCCAUUGGUUGAUAAAUACCUCGCUCUCAAAUUCGAGGAAAUGGAGGAAAAACUCCGCCGUCAAAAGCAAAAAGGUCUCCACAAGCAGCACGAAAACGAAGACGACGAAAAUUCCGUCGACGAAAACUCAAGCAAAGACAGCGACGAAGACGACAGCACCGAAAAACCCUCGAUCACUGUCACGGAAGCCGAAGCGGAGGAAAUUCUCGGGACAAAAUCCACGCCGCCCGCCACAGCUUCGUUAAUUGCUGCCAUGGCGAGCUCAACAACGACCCAAAUGCCGCCUUAUCGCUACAUCACACGCCAAAAAGUGCCAUCGUCUGUCGUGAUUUUGCAACCAGCAGCAUCAACAUCGACAUCGACAACCACGUCGUCGCCGCAUCCAAAGACCAUCGUGGAAAGCGAGCGACUGCACGUGAUCGAAAUAAAAACGGACGGCAGUACCGGGCAUUUGGUGCGAGGCGCACACCAACCAGAAGGCGGAGACUAUGCAAGUGAAUAA